ACGCUUCCACAAACAUUCUGUCAUUCUCUCUCUCUUCCCCUCCUUCUCAUUCCGAUCCCCAUUGGUGGCUUUUGAGUUUUCCACUCCAAUCCAACACACACACAGGGAUAUAGAGCACCGAAACCAACACUGAACCUCCUCAGCUGAGAGGAAGUUUCAGUUUUAGGGUUUGCGCAAGAUUCUUAGCUAAAUUUGGCAAAAUGGCGCCCCCACUGGACCUGUCCCUCUCUCAUUAGCCUAAUUUCCUGCUUUUCUCCCACAUAACAACAACUUCCUUGCCUUUUCUGAGUAAGAAUAAAGCGGGAGAAGAAGAUCAAGAAUCUGAGUGAUGGCUCGGGAGAAGAUUCAGAUCAAGAAGAUCGACAACGCCACGGCGAGGCAGGUGACGUUUUCAAAGAGGAGAAGAGGGCUUUUGAAGAAGGCUGAGGAGCUCUCAGUUCUCUGUGAUGCAGAUAUUGCUCUUAUCAUCUUCUCUUCAACUGGAAAGCUCUUUGAAUAUGCUAGCUCAAGCAUGAAGGAAAUCUUAGAAAGGCACCACUUGCACUCCAAAAAUCUUGACAAACUAGAGCAACCAUCUCUUGAGUUACAGCUAGUGGAGAACAGCAACUACUCCAGGUUGAGCAAGGAAAUAACAGCAAAAAGCCAUCAACUGAGGCAGAUGAGGGGAGAAGAACUUCAUGGAUUAAAUUUGGAAGAACUGCAACAGCUGGAGAAGUCCCUCGAGUCUGGAAUGGGCCGUGUGAUCGAGAAAAAGGUCAUUCUAUUGGGGGAAAAGAUUAUGAAAGAGAUCACCGACCUUCAAAGAAAUGCCAUUCAGUUGAUUGAAGAGAACGAACGAUUAAAACAACAAGUGGUGGAAAGAACGGAUGGUGGACGGAGGCAUGUUCAUGCUGAUUCAGAUAACAGGUUUACGGAGGAGGGUCAGUCAUCAGAGUCUGUAACCAAUCUCUGCAACUCUAAUAAUUCUCCUCAAGACUAUGACAGCUCAGAUACGUCUCUCAAGUUGGGGCUACCAUAUUCUGGCUGACUGGAAAUAGUUUGUGGUAAAUUGUGUGGUUCCGGUUAGGGAGAAUUAACUCCCAAGUAUAAUGAGAUGGAAUGUAACUGAACUGUUAAGAAAAAGGUGCAAGUGAUGUAUUAGAACCUUUGGGUUAGGUCUCUGUAAUGUUUCCAAGCAUCGUUAAUAGUACUUGUUUUCCUAGUCACUAUUACAAUGCCACUCCCACAUUAAUGGUGAGGCACAUCGCUUCUACACAAUGCCACCCCCACAAAAAUGGUGCACAGUUUCAACGUUGAUGUACUUCCUCGGUACUUUUGAUUG